AUGGCGCUUUCGAAAACAGAAAAGACAAUUACCGCUUGUAGUAAUCUUCAGAUUUCUUCCAUUUCCCGAGAAUGGGCAGAAGAUGCUUGGAAUUCUGAAUUUUGCGAGUCUCAAGGGUUUCCAGAGAUCGUGGAAAACUGCAUGAUUGACCGUGGAUACUUUGUACGGGAAUUGAAAGAGCUGUUGUUGAUUUCAAAGCAGUGGACAACUUCUGUGGGCCAAGACACUUUAAAUGAAGGUGAACUUGCUGUAGAACCUUUGUAUUAUUUUGUAACUGAGUUGGUUCAUCAGUUUUCAGUGGAUUCGAACCCAUCGGUGCGCCAGACGCAUUCCCCUUUUCAGGCUACUAUUAACAACUAUUUUUUAGAAAUUUAAAAAUACUGCUGUUCACUGCCAAUGUCCAACUUAACCCUGCCAAAUAACUUUUAGUUCUUUUAUUUUGUACUCCUCUUUAUCUGUUAUUUGUGUGAUAGACAGGAAUAAGUUUUCAUGAGCUGUUUCUAAAGAAAUCCUGACUUUUUUUUCAGGCUUAUGGAAGGUUCUUUCAGACAACAAUUUUUCACACAAAGUCUUGAUUUCUUUGCUCCACUCAUUUAUUGAAUCCUGUGACAAGGUGAGAGCUAUUACUCAAUUGUAUUGGCCUAGGAUAAGACACUGUUUGCCUAAGCCCUUUUAACUCCCAGAAGUGAUUAACAUGUAACUUCUCCCCAUAAUAUCUGGACAUCCACCAAACAGAUAAUGAGAAUACUCAAACUUUUCAGAUAGAAGUUGUGAUCUUGAUCUAAACCCAAAUUUUUAUAAAGUAGUUAGAUGAGAGAAUAAACAAUCAUGUCUUGGGAGUUAUAUGGUUAAGGAAGUAUUUUUGCCUGCUCAUUAAGGAUUUGAUUAUGGCUGAUGGAUGAACAAAACUAAGUGAUAUUUGAUGAUUCCAUAAACUCCCAAGAUCUGUUUUGUACAUCAAAGUGCUCUCCCUUUUAGGAGGCCCCACUGAAAAAAAAAAAAACAAGAUUUAGAGGGGAGCAAGGGAUCUCAACAGAAAUUGACAAGGGUUGUGACUUAUGGUUCUGCCAGAGUGAGAUUUAUACAUACAAGUGUUACCCAGUUUUCAAACCUUACAUCCACUACAAAAAGCCUUCAUUUGAAAUUUAAUUCAAGAUAAAGAGUGUUAGGUGUUUGUUUCAGAUGGAAGGAAAUAUUUGUUUGUUCACAAAGUGGUACCAGAGAACACUUAAAGAAAACAUUCAAUGCAGCAAACAGUAAGCUGUUUGUAAACAUUUAUUUUACACAAUAGCCCCUAUUUUGUGCAAAAGUAUAUUUGUUCUUAGACAUUAUUUGUUCCUUGAAGCUCACAGUUUUCCUUGAGCUUGGCUCUUGGAAAAUUGUCUGCGUCUUGGAACCGAUAGUGUCAACAGAUGAAUUUCUUUGCAUAUUUUUGCACCAAAUGGAGGCUAUUGUUUAUUUAGACAUAAUAAGUUGAUUUUUGUACUUUGUGUAGACAUCAAAGGCUGGACCUAAACUGGAAAGCUGUGUGCUAGCAGCUAACAUUUAUGUUGUUUUGGUUCAAAUACCAGGUGAGGAACAUAUUAAUUAUUAGAAAUGAAAUGGGUACCCUUAAUUAUAAUACCUUCUUAUGAAUUAGAAACCUCCCCAAGCUGCUUGUUAUUGUCUUGAAUUGUCAAAGAUUGUGAAUUGGGGAGGUGGGGGAGGGGAGGGUUGAGAGGUUGCAGAGGGCUUGCCUAUUAUCUCAGUGGCAUAGGUUUGGUAAUCUUCAUUAUUUCAUUGAAUUUUUACAAUGAGUUUGAAAGAUUAGCAUUAUUUUUCUCCAGGGAGUGGAGCAUACAAAGUUUUCCAUCCUUUAUUAUUCCAGAAAGCUUUGGAUGUGUUGCGUCUUUGGCCUCACAGAGGUAGGGAACUGUUUUGUCAAAUGAUAGAAUGAGAAAGACAGUCAGUUUUGAGUUUUAUUAUUAAAUGAAGAAAGUUGUUACUAAAUGUUUCUUUGUAAUGAACAUGGGCAACUGAAAAAAAAAUCCAAAUGAAUGAGGGGAUUAAGUUUCUAAAGAAACUGUGGUGGUGUGUCCAUGGGAGAGUAUAACAGGGCAAUCAAUUAAAUGGGCCACUGUACAGACUUUCAAAGCUGACAUUAUGUGCAUCAGCCCUUUGUCAGAUCGAAACAAGCCGUUUGCUCUGAUGAAGGGCUAACGCUUGAAAUGUCACCUUUGAAACUCUUUAUGGCAGCCAAUUUACCCUAUCAACCAGUUGAUAAUUCUAAAUUACCAUUAAAAAAAUCACUUUUCAGCCAUAAGAAAUUGAACUUCAGACCUUUGAGUUUCAUGUGCCAGUGCUCUGCUGCUGUGCUUAGAGAACUUGAUAAUAAGUUUGGCAAAUAUAUGAAUAUAAAUUUAUGUAUGAGAUCAGACAAGUGUCUUGCAUGCUACUAGAAGAUCAGCUAAGUUGAGAGCUUGUGUGAAUGAAUGGAACAAAGAAGAUAGUAAAUCAUAGAUUUUUGUCAAGUAAAGAACAAAAAUGUCACUCAUUUACUGUUUUAAAGGUGCAUUGAUGGUUUUUAGUAUCAGUGCUUCAAUUGUUCAAUACUUCAUGAGUGUUAUAGGGUCUUGCAACUAUCACACAUGAAUAUGUUGAAGUAUCUUCAUCUGCCUGUGAAGAUUUGGUCAUAGCAUUCAAAAGUGGAGAGAAAGAUCUGUGUGAAAAAUCAGGUUGAAACUGAUUAAUCAGGAAUUAUAUGAAAACAAAUUUUACUGACCAUAAAUUCUGUAGCUAUCCUUCUCCUUGAUGAUUUUGCAUCUUUUUGGUACCAUGAACAGAGACAAACAAGAGGAAGAGACAAGAAGGGACAUUAACAAAAGGUCGUAGAACAAAAGCAAGACAUGGAAGAGAAGGUAGAGAUAGGCAAUGGGCUAUAUGCUUUAACCAUAUAGUUUUAUUGUCUAGGUUAGAGUAGUCUUGAAAAGGACUGUUGUCAGUGGUAGUGACUGAUGUUUCGACAACCAUGGCAGAAGUCAUCUUCAUUGUUGUCCCCUAAGGAUGGCAUCAGGCUUGAUUCUGAUGAAGACUUUAGCGAAGGUGGUUGAAAUGUCAUCACUGCUACUGACAACAGUCCUUCUCAGGACUUGACUGGGAUGAUCAAACUACAGAAUCUAGUGUCAUUUUUGCAAGCGAGUGCUCUGUAUUCUCUUUGUGAUUUUACAGCAGUGGAUGGCUGGGAAGGGAAAUAAGUUUGUACCAAGGGGUGUGAGUGACAUUCAUAAGGAAGGAGAGGGGUAAGGUGGGGUGAGACUAUAGAAAUAGAGUGUUCUCUAAAUCUAAAUCAAACAUGGCUGGUUGAAAAAAUGAUGGUGAGCUUGUAAGGUUAGGCUACCAUGAGCCUCCAGGAAUCUAUCCUAACUAAUUGUCAUGAUCCCCUUAAAAGCCAACUGGAAGUGCAAUUUUCAUUUCAGAAGGUGAUGGUGAUUGCAUGGAAGUAGAUGCUGCCUCUGAUGAUGAUGAUGAUGAUGACGACGAUGGCAGUGGCAACGGGGAUAAUGAAAUGAGUGGGCAGAUUAACACUGAACAAGCCAAGGCUAAUGUUAAAUUCAGACUGUUAUCAUUAAUGCAGGUAUGUGCAAGUUUAUGGUAGAUCUCUAUCAUAAAAAAUUAAUUAAAGUGUCUGAACAUUGUCAUCUGACUGAGUGAAACCAAAAUAUUAGGUGAAAAAUUAAAUAAUUUGUUAUACUUAUUUUAACAGCAUUGGUUAUAAUUAUUGGAAUGUUUUUUAAGUUCCCACCCCUGAGUCUUUAACUGGUAGCAAUUGAAAAUUCUUGUAUUCUUUUUUGUUGUUCCUUUUUGUGCUGCAGGAUGCAGUUGUACUAUUAAACAGCUACUCCCUCAAAGAUUCUGAGCAGGUUGCCCAUCAUGUAAUUCAGUUGUUUGUGGAAACUACACGUCAGGGCGUUGAAACAAUUGAACAAGUUGUAUUUGACUUUCCAGGGUUAGUUCCACUUCUUUAAUCCAAAGUUCAGAACAUGUACUACUUAGAAAUAAACUAAAGUGUUUUCUUGAUCUCAAUAAGUUUUGAUUGCACCUGUUUGAUUGCAGGGACCAAAUUUAUUCCAUUAAGUCUAUUGCUUCAUUGGCCUACUUUGUAAGUAUUUUUUUGUCUUUUUGUAUCAGUUACAUGAUAACAAUCAUAAUUUUCAAUUUUUUCAUUCAUAACCAAUUUAACCAUAACCAUUAAAAUGUCCUCAAAUGUGAUUGGUGCAUCUGCUGCUUCAUUUUGUACUUACACUCUUUAAAGUUGUGAUCAGACAGUGUAAUCAGACAGUUAGCUGUAAUAUCAGACAGUUGAAGCAGCCAGUCAUAAGUCCAUUCAGCUAAAUCCAUCUUGCAAUCUUAGAAAAAGUGCAUGCUUGAGUUUUUCAUGUAUGAGCUCCAAAAAACAAGUUUAAAAGCAUGAAAAAACACUCCAGAGGGAGAUAUAAAAUUUUUCUCAAUACUUUUCAAAUGUUUCUCAUUUGCCUUUCACAUUUACACAUUACUUUCAAUCAAAGUGGGCAACCCUGAGCCCAUCUUGCCCCCCCUUUCCAUGUAGCCAAUCAGAACACAGUAUUUUCUUUAUAUUGCCCCCUGGGCACUGCUAGUGAUAUAAUAAUUUGCUAAAAAUGGGUGAGCUCACGAUUUGUGAGUGCAUGGUGGUCAUUUACAUCUUGUUCUUUGAAAAAUGCUUUUGGACUGAGAUGAUAACCCUCUUCAGCAGACACAUAUUUGAAGUUCAACUAUAUGAUUUCUUUGCCUUUUUUUAAGGGUCUGAGGGUCAUUUGCUCACCUCUUCAUGGCGAUGUUGGAACAAUCACUCACACUGUAGGUCCACAGCUUUUGCUAUUAACAGUUUCAAUCCACAGAUCUACAUGUAUAAAUCAAUUUCUAAUUAUAUCUUGGAAAAAUAGCAGAAAAAGAAGCAAAACUCAUUAAAAACUUUGCAAAUCAAACAUUUAUUUUCAAUGAUUAUUUUCUGACUAUUGUAGGUUUUUGAACACUUAAUCUCAAAUGUUCUUAUGGUGUUUGGUGGAGCAAUUGCCAGUAAUGGAACCAUAUCCAGAAAUGUCCAGAACAUCAAGGACCAAGCUGUUGCAUUUAUCUGGUAAAUGUCAAAUAUAUGUUCACUACAUGUUACAGCUUGUUUGCAUUAGAGAAGGAAUAUAAACAAGAAUGGAAAUCAUCUGAAUUAAACUUGCUGGCCUCACUUGGAGGGAAGGGGAGAAUGCUCAUGGAAAACUAGGGUUGGAUAUAUUAAUGUCUGUCAGCAGGGCUUUAUAGUUUACUGUAUGUAGCAAAGUAGAUGCAAAAAACUGCAAAGUAUGGUUAAACCUUGAUUGUAUAGACUUGUAUGGACAGAGCUGAAUCGCCCAGAAUCAUCCACUUUUUUGCUUCACUCCUGAUCAGCCAGUGGAAAAUAUUCACAGAUAUAACAAUCACUCUUUUUGAUUUUAGCAUUCAAUUUGAUUCAUAUGCUUCUUCUGUGCUCUGAUAUUCAGCUAUCUAGCAAAGAAAGAGACCAAAGAGGUGCUGUGUUCUGUAGAAGUUCUUGUUCAAAAUAUCUUUACCAGUUGCCCUGAACGAGCAGAGUACAGAAUUACUGUGGCAAAGGUAAUUAGACCAGUUACAACUUAAUCAGUCUGACCUGGAUUUUUGAAUAUAUUUUAUCAUCAUUUGAUGAAUUUUUUCAUACCUUUUUAUUAGUGGAGAACCCAUUAUUUGACCGACAAAAAUAAUUUGCCCUGCACCAUGCAGAAAGAAAAUUAUUGAUGAAUUUCUUCCUUUGUCCAACUUUUCUAGUACCACCCAGAAAACUGCAAGUGUUGAUCUAUAAUUUCUUUUCUUUUCUUACAUACUGUUAUCGAUGGAAUUUGUCUUGCAGGGAGUAGUUGAUAUCAUGAAAAUUUUACCAGUUAAUCAGUAUGCCAGUCUUGUAGAAUGGAUUAACAUGUACUCCAAAAAUGACAAGGUAUUGGUCAGAGAUUUGUAUGCAACUGAUUAGCUGACAUGUUGCUAACUCUCCAGAUCAUAUCAUAUAUUCUUGUACAGUUUCCAUGUGUGACACUGUGAAUCAUAGCUAGGUCUUCCACUACCCAGGAGACUUCUUACAGCUGUCUGUUUAGCCUGUGAGGAGGCUUUUGGGUUUCAACUUGCAGCCUCUUUAUUGGGUGCCACUUUCUAUUAUGGUAUUGUAGCAAAUUAUGGAAAAAGUUAUUGAAACUCCUGGAUAUUGGCAUGAAGAUAAUGAUGUUAAUAAUGAUAACGAUAAUAAUGUGAAUAAUGAUGAUAAUGACUAUAAUGAUGACACUGGUGAUAACAAUGAUGAUGAUAAAAAUGAAGAUAAUAAUUAAAAGAUUAGUUGAACUUGAGAGAAGAUGAGCAUAUUCACUGAGAGGCAGGGAGAAGUACUUAAAGGUUGAACCAACAACUUUCAAAUACAGCAAUAUACAACCUUUUGAGGGUAAGUUAGUUUUAUCAACUGGGUUGACAACGUAAAUUGGCCAGUGUAAAGAGUAUCAAAGCUGACAUUUCAACCAUUAGCCCUUUCAUUCGCUCUGAUGAAGGGGUAACACUCAAAGUGUUGGCUUUGAAACUCUUUACUGUGGCCAAUUUACGCUAUCAACUCAGUUGAUUAUACUAAAUUACCCUGUUAAACUCUCCCACUGACACAACCUCACAGUUUCUUUGGAUACUAUCUCAAGUAUACAACCUUUUGGCCUCGCUGCCUCUGUAGUGAGGUGUACAGUUUUUUAAGAAAUUGGGCCCCACAGAUUGUGAGUAAUUCAACAAGGAUUUUCUUUUACAGAUAAGUUACAGGAUAUUUGCUUUGGAUGUGUUUUCACUUCUCCUAGUUGAACCAGAGAGGAUUCUAUCAGAUGGUAAGGGAACAUUCUGAAUCCUCUACAAAGUUAUUCAACAAGGAAAAAUCAAAGAUAAUGAGAUAUGUGAAGUAUAAGUAGCCAAAAUUGCUAAGACAUAAUUUUUUUUUAACCAGAAAAUUUACAAGAUGAUGACAAGAAAAAACUUCUCUGCAAGAAAUAUCUGUUGGACAUCAUCAUAGCCAGGUGUUCUGACAGGGCACCAAUGUGAGUGUAAAUCAAGAUACUUUAAAUCCUUAAAAAAGUGCCAGUCCCCUCUAUUAAGUACCUCCACCAAAUAAGCUGCAGCUUUAAGAAAAAAACUAACUACUCAUCCAGUUAGUGUGGUUAGUUAGUUUGGUUUGUUCUUUGCGUUUGCCUGGUCAGGGAUAUUUGAAGUCCUUUGCUCAGUCAACAAUAAUGCACUCUUUCAAUUCCACUAUUUACUUCACGGUAUUUGGUGGGCCUGUCAACAAAUUGAGAUCAGAUUGAUCUUCCAUCAGUCAGUUGGUCAAACAUUGUAACAGUUAACCCUUUCACUCCCAAGAUCUCAAUUGUAAUUCUUCUUACUACCCACCAUAUGAUUACUAUGAUGUUAUGUUGGAGAAUUUGGUAUUGGAUCAACUAAUAAUCUCCUAAUUGUUAACUUUCUUAACUCUCAUUCCUUGUUUGUUUGAUCUUGUAUUAAUAUAGUAAGGAGAAAUUCUUUUUGGUCACUCUUGGGAUUGAAGGGUUAAGGUGUGGUUACUAGGAAGGGGAUGCCGAGCAGUGACAGGCUAUCAGCAGUCUGUUAGGACUAUAUCAUACUCCUGGGUGGUACAUUUAGGCCCUUAGAGCAAAGAGUCUUACCUAAGAACUAAACACAAUGAGCUGGCUAGGGCUUCAACCUGACUCUCUCAAUCAUUGUUCAUCUAGGAAAGAUGGCAUUGUCUCCCACAUAAUACCAAACAAAUUACACUUUCACUUGUAUAGCACCAAGAAACCACAACACUUUUCCUUAGGGUUUAAAGUGAAAUAUUCUAUCACAAGAUUUUUUAAAUUGAUAAACUGCUACUUGUUGACAUAUUUUGAUACAUUCCUAAGUACAAUUCAUUGUUUUAUUCAGGGUGCGUGCCAAAGCUCUGCAGUACUUUGCUCAGUGUGCAACAUUAGAAAACAGUGCAUUAGUGUUGAGAGUAAAAGAAGCACUUCAUGAACCACUGGAGAGUCCAGCAGAGGGGACACCAACAUUAAACAGACAAGCAAAUAGUGAGUCACUGAAAAAUUCUGCUGUAGAGUCUUACAUUAACGUUAUGUUAAUUGUUUAAAUUGUUUUUUUUUUUUCAGAUAAGCAAGCAGAGACCAGGAACAUUGGUGUGAUUAUAAGAAAAAGAACACGUGAUGAGAAAGUUGGAGUUCGCAAGGCUGCUCUGCAGGUUUGACUUGUCGUUAUUUUGUCCAGAAAGUUACAUGCCAACUCUUAAUAAUUUGUGAAAUAUUCUAUUUACACCUAACAGCAGUAAUGCUGUCAAAAAAAAAUUCCAAAAGGGGAAAAAGCCAAAAUUGAGAAAUUUUCAAAAUUGAAUUUUUGAUUGUAAUUUUAUUUUUUAGCUUAUUGAAGUGCUUGACAUUUAUAAACAACAUCUGUUUGAAAGAAUUUUUUGUGGAAAUUCAGUGAAAAUUGUUUAGCUGCUGUGUGACUGCUCCUGGUAAGUUUCUACUACCACAAAUCAUGAUGUAUUAUGCCUGUUUAUCAAUUCCUUUAUCAUUUUGAAGGCUCUAGAAAGUGUGAUCACCCUUAAUCUGGAUUCCUUGGAGAGAGUGGUAAGUAAUGAUGUUAUUACUUCUUACUCACAAAUAUUCAACAAUGACCAUCCCUACACAAAAUCCACUUCUUAAUUGUUGUGCCAUUGGAUGUUCCAUUUAGAGUUGUGUGAAAAGCAUAAUUUAAAGAUGCAUUCUGGUUCAUCCUCAUGAUCUAGUGCAGGACAGACUAGUAGAUGAUGUCCUUACCACAUUUUGAUGUCAUCUGUGAUCUAUUACUGAACAGACCCUGUGGUAACAUGGAAUCGAUUUUUUAAUCUCCUUUGGCUGGGGGAAAUGGGUAACAGCUCCCUUUGAACAGUGACAACUAUAAUCAACUUUCAUUUUAUUUUUGAAAAAGAAAGAGAAAUGUUUCCAAGAAUAAUUAGGGUAGCUUUCAGAUUCUUUACUUUCUUGGUUAUAUUGAAAUUUACCACCCCAGCUAUAAUCAUCUAGUGUGAGGUGAUAAUAGCAAGAUACAAUGCAAUCCUCAACCAAUCAGAGUGUGCACAUCUCUACAAUCACCUAAGAAAUUGUACUAAAGCAAGAUAGUAUGUUGUCUAAUUUGUGAUUUUUUUAUUUCAGGAUGUGUUGACUCUCCAUGAUUGCUGUAUGGAUCCAGCACUUUCUGUCAGAAGACAAGCUAUGGUAUCACUAACCUCCCUCCUACAAGAGAGGCCCAAGUGUACAAUGGUACACAGGUAUUAACUCUAUGUACAUGCAAUAAGUGAUGUUCUAAAAAACCUGUAGCUGGUGUACAACUACUUUUACUUAACUUCUUGAUAGUGUUAGACCAGUCUGGCCUGCAUGGCAAGUUUCCACUGAAGGUCUGUCCCCAACAGCUAUAGGAGGAGGCAAAUGAACCCUUCAACUGGCAAUACUUGAUUCCUAAUUUUUUUUCUUCCAGCUGCCUUUAUUACUUUUUCUUUAGAAUGAGUUUGGAAAAUUUAGCGUAAUGUCAAAAUUGCACUCUGUAACUCUGUGGAUAAGUUUGUUUAUUCUUGUCUCCUGUAUGCUCGUUGAUUUUUCAAUAUGCAAGGAGAUCUUACAUGUUAAUUGCUUCUGGAGGUGAAGGGUUAUUAUGGAGGACACUUCUUUUAUGGUAAUAGGGUGACACUGCAAAAGCCGGUAGCUUCAUCUCUUAAAAUUAAAGCUUUGGGAAGUCUUAGUGACAGAUAGUAGAUGGAUUUGAUAUUUGGAUCUUUGCGAUGAGGGAGUUAACUGCAUAUAUCUGGAAUUAAUUGUAUCAAUAAAACACUUGUAUAAGUUCCUUUAAAAACUCAAACUGUACUCUUAUUGUAUUUUCUUAUAUGUAGUUUGUGGCUGGAAGGAGUGUUGCCACUUGUUAUGGACAGAGAAACUACUGCACAAGAAAAGUGUUUUCAAAUACUGGAGGAAGUGCUUCUUCACAAUAUUGUUCCCCUCUCAAAGUAGGUGGCUGUUACAACUUAAUCAGUUUGUAGAUUACAGUGUUAGUUGUGAUCAACAGCAUCCCAGAUUGGAUGAGUCAAAAUUUUAUGACUUCAAUUAGCAGUGCCUUUCAAGGAUUUUUUCUGCCAAAAUUCAAGAAAUGCAAUCAAAUAUCCAUAAAGUUUUGUUAUGUGGUAAAAGGCAUGCUGAAACUGUUGUGUGGUUGGUUCAUGAACUGGUUACAUCUUUUGCCACAUAAGCUAUCAGUAGCAACAAAGAAUAUCAGAAGGGGAAAGUUCUUCUGGUGAAACAACAAGUUAAAGGUUCAUACCCUCAUGGUGUUGAACUUUUGUUCAUUUGGGAACUUCAUUGUCAAUAGGUUGGAAAAUCCCAGCUUGGUAAUUGAGCUAAAAUUUCUUUCCAUUGGCCAAUCUCAAUGGUGAGAUUUGGGAAACUCAUGGUUAAACUGGCUCUAAAUGCUUGCCAGGUAAUAAGAUUGAUACAUACAAUGACACAUUUUGUUGAUUAUUAUUCCAGAUCAACAGGACCAUAUCACAUUCUUGCUUGGGACCUGCUUGAUAUUGUUACCAGCCCAUCAGGACAAGAAGUCAGGCAAGUGAUAUGAUGAAAUGAUAUCAGUAUGUGACCUGACCCUGUAAAGCAUGCCUAUACCUUGGGAAAUAUUUCCACAUAUUAUCUAUUGCUGCCCUUGUGAAAUUUUUCACUGUUCUUCCAAAACCUGUUAAAGACCCAGUGAUUUAGAGCUGUCAGUAGUAGCAGUUAGCAGAAGUACUACCGGUAGUAUGUUAAGCCAGUAUCUUUACUAAUGUUGCUUCACUCUGACAAAUAAGCCAUUUUACAGUUGUGCACUUAGUUGCCAAGCCUUUGAUUUGGAGUGAGGCUGAAGAUGACCUUGUUGUGAUAGAGACCAGUAUCUAGUUAGCAUGAUAACAAAGUAAUUUUCAUUUGAAAAGCAGCAAGGUUUGUAUCAUAACAAGGUCACCCUUAGCCUCACUCCUGUUCUAAGGCUUGGCAACCAAGCACACAACUGUAAAAUUGGCUAUUCCCAGAACAAAACACAUAUACUUCUUCAUUCUUUCCAAGCAUGUAAAUGUUGUGGUUCAAACAAUUUUUGGUUCCUGGAUUAAAAUUUGACAAACCAGUUUUAUUUUGUUAUUUUCCUUUGUACCUGAUUAUGAUAAAAACAAAAAUGAAACUGCUUUGAAAAGACAUCUAUUAAUACCGACCACUGGCUGUUGUACAUUAUUCUUUCAGACGUUAUCUUCACAGUGCAUUUCAACACUGGUCAAACCAGACCAAACUUUCUGGAAACCUGGUCAAAUCACUUAUAUCUCACAUUGAUACUGAGCAUAGUAAGGUAUGAAGUUCAUAAGGACAUGGCACACCAGAAAUGUUUGUUAGGGUGGCAUAGUUUGUUGUUCUCCUUGAAAUUCUUCUUCUUGUACACAUUUUCAGGCAGCAUGGCUUUGCUUGGCAGCAAUUGGUUCAUCAUCAAACAAACUUGACCAUACCUUUGUUGUGAAAAGUUGGGAUGAGUAUUCGAAAGGAGUAAAAGGUACAAGUUAAACUGUCAGUUAACUUCAUUUUGAUUUUGAAAUAGUGUGUAACAGUUAACUAUGUAAUAGAAUCUUGCCAUACAACAAUGUCUAUAUGACUAACAUUGCACUGAGUUUAGAUAGCAAUAAAGAAUUUCUUUAACCCUCUACACCUGAACAUCAGUGUGCAUAUCCUCCAUACUCUUCUCUAUUCAUUUCCUUUGGUACUGAGAGGGAAAAUUUGCUUAACAAUCAAAGCUUCUCAGGUUGCUGACCAUUUCUUUUAUUCACAUGAUCUUAAUGAAUGAUGCAGCAGUAUUGCUAUAGGGAGAAAUUAGAUGCUGGUCACUCAGGGUUGAAAGUGUUAUAUGUACCCAUUUGACCAUGAUUGCAUCCAUUCUGAAUGUAAGUUUUAUACUACAUACUAUAACUCUCAAAGGCUCAGACAUUUAUUAAGCAAUCCCCAACUCUCAAUCCAUCCUGUUGAUCUGACCAUCUGAUUAACCAUUUUUCCACAAUCAAAUCAAAAGAGACAAUCUCAGUAGUAGACAUCUUUAUCAUCUUUCUCUCUUUUCUGGUUUUUAUUUGUCAGAUUAUGACAUAGAGACAUUAUGCAGAAUCCUGGCAGUGUUGGGAAGCUCUGCUUCCUUUCUUCCCUCCACAGUCACUAGUACCCUGACAGGUAUCAUUUAUUUCUUGAAAAUAACAUAAACUGUAUUUUUCUGUUGCCAAGCUGUGGUCAUAUUAGUGUCAGAGAUACGAAGACAAGGAAGGUUAUAUAUUCUAAUUAAAUAUGCUGCAUCAUUGUCUCAAUUCUUUACUUUCAUAUAAAUUUGUGUUGCUUUUUUUAUAGCUGAUCUGCAGCAGAAGCUUAUCACAUUUGAGUGCCCACCUGAAGUCAUUGAUGCUAUUGUAGCCACCCUAUGCAAGGUGUGAUGCAUGUAUAUCUCCUGUUUCAGGCCUAUGUCAAAUGCUCAAAUUUCAGUUUGUUUUUGAUUAUUAUCAAAUGAGUGACAACUAGUUGCAACAUUAAGACCCUGGAAUAGCUGAGCACCUCUGUGAUUGUGAAAUUCCCCAGCCUCACCCAUCAGAGUUAUUAGUGUUAAAGAAAUGUUAAAAAAGACUCUUACUCUUAAACUGUGUCAAGAAAUUUUAAAAGUGAAGGAGAUAUUAGCAUUUUGUUACUAACCACAGUUAUUAAUGCUGCUGAGUGAAUUUUUUUCUGGAUGAAUGCCUUUGAGUUGCAAUUUCUAUAAUCUCCUUUGUGAUUUGUUUUCAAACAAACAGUUUUUCUUAUAAGCAUCACUACUGAUGCAUGUGAAGGUUGAUGUUUCCUCUAAGCCCAACUAAAAACAAUGGCAUGCUUAAAGAAAUCUUAAUCCUUGUUUAAUGUUUUGCAGCUCAAUAAAGGACAACUGCCAGAGGAAAGGGUGAGCCAUAGUCUUUUGUAAAGUUAUGGAAUGAUAUUUCAAAAAAAGUAUCUUCUUUAAAAGGGUUUUGAAGUGUUAACUUUUAUUAGUUCUUUUCACUCUUGACAAGUCUUUCAUUUGGUAAAGUUUUCAUGUGUGCAUAUGUAUGCUACUUAAUCAAACUCUUCCCAAUGGAGCUUUUUAGUGCAUUACAAAUGAAUGAAUAAAAAGAAUUGAUUUUUUAAAAAUCCCAAAUGGCAGGAGGUAGACCAGUUGGCUAUAUACAAAGCAAAUAGCCAGGAAAUCGGCCAUUUUACAGUUGUGUACUUAGUUGCCAAGCAUUUGAUUUUUAGUGAGGUUGAAGGUGACCUUGUUGUGAUAGAGACCAGUAACUUCUUAGCAUGACAACAAAGUAAUUCUUAUUUGAAAAGCAGCAAGGGUUGUAUCAUAACAAGUUGUAAUGGACUAUACCAGAUUACAAGCCAAGUACCAUAGCCUCUCGGCCAUACUGCUACCUCCUUUGAUGCCUGGAGGUAACCAUUCCCCUCCAACAGAAAAAUAAAAAAGGGCUGCUAAAUCCUAAAAUUCCACAUUUUUUUGCCUUCAGAACUUUCCAGUGUAAAUGUAACUUUUGUUAGAUGGCCUGAUUUUUCAUUAGGAAACUGAAACUAGUUUUUGAUGCACCAGUUACAACAGAUUGCCAGAAUUAUUUGUAAAUUAUUGUUUUCAAAGGGAAAGAGUGAUCAUUGGUGUUCUGAUCUACUGAAAGCAUCAGAGGAAUUUCUUUCCAGUGUAACAUUAAAACAGGAUUGUAUUGAUGAGGAGCGUCUUAUGCGGCAUUUGUUUACUGUUGGAGCUGUAGCCCAGGUUUGUAACAGAGAUCAUGAUCAUGAUACUUCAGAGUGCUGACAUUAUCUUUGGUACUGGUAAUCUUCUCCAUGUUUCAGUUGAGAUUUGCUCAAAAUUCUUCUUGCUUAUUGUUGUGUAUUCAUUAAGUGGAGACACUCUUUAAUAAUUGCUUUCUAGAUUCUGUCUUUAUUCAUUGAUCAACUUUCUAAUAAGCUGGUACAGUCGUGUUACUUGAUUAAAGUACUUUUAGAUCAUUCAGUGAUCCCACAGUGAUAUUACUAACAUUGAUACAAGUACUUUUAAUAUGUUCUCUUUAAAUUUGUAAGGCCCAAAAUCAUCCACUGCUACCAUGCCAUUUAAAAUGCAAAUCUUGUUUGAGUUUCUCACGAGCUCCUUGUGAAAUUUUUGAAGCAAUAUGAUGUUAUGCCAAACCGACCGAUUCUAACAUGUUGAUCUAGAGGGCAGAUUUCCUUCAAUCUUUUGCUGUAGAUAGAAAUUUGCACAAAAAGUAUGCAAAUUAUUAGAUUGAUGUGACAAUGGCUUCAACAAGGUUUUUUUGUAAAAAUUGCUCAUAGCUAACACCAACCAAGACAACAGAGCGACUGUUUAUGUUUGUGGAAUCCAUGCUGAUUUCUCAUGGCAAUAAUCAAGGUUGGUAUUGAAUAAUCAUCCUCUCUAUUUAGAAACAAAGAAAAGGGCUUGGAAACAGGUUCAGAUGUUACCUAAUCAAUGUGAAUUGUAAAUGUGAAAAUUUUAUUUCUGUUGGCUCUUUCCCUUUCAAGACCUAAAUAUCAAUUAUCUGCUUUAUUUGCCCUACAUUUCAUCAGUAUUACCUCUGAAGAUCUUUUUUUUUUAUUUUCUUAUUACUCUAAUCAACUAGAUUUUUUAAUGGCAACCAUUGUAUGAUUGAGGGAUGUCGUAAGGUGACGUUUUGAAAAAACGAGCUUUUAGCCCUGGCUAUAUGGAUCAUGUAUACUUAAAGCAUAUGCAUCAGUCAUAUAGUGGUUGAUACUAUUGGUUGACAUGUAGACCAAAUGUGGGUCAAUAUAUGAGGCAAUACUGGACUGACAUAUCAACUGUGUAUUAGUGGACAUGUUGACCAGCAUCAGCCGCAUCUUGACUGACAUACAUGUCAGAAAAGACUCUAUCAGCACAUAUACACAGACACUCAGCUGACACUUAGCUGAUACUUAAUCCACACUAGGCUGACACUUCUGCCACUCGGUGGGCUCUUGUUACUGAGCUCUAUCUUCUUUACUAGCCCCUCAAAACUCUUCUUUGUGUCCCCUCUGCAUAACGGAAAGGGGAUAAGAGAUGGCUGCCAUUCCAGCAAAACAACAGUUAACAAUACACACAUACCACCAACAGUCCACCAUGCAAUACAGUGCUGCAUGCUCGACUGAUAUGCUGCCAACUGUUGAUCACAGUGUAACAGUCAAAGUUUGGCCAAGUGUUGACCAUCAUGCCAACCCAGUAUCAACCAGUAGUAGCAAGGGAGGGUCUACCUAGUUGAAUAACAUUGUGACCAACAGUCAGCCAACUAUUAAUUAGUCAACAUCUCAACUGAGCAUUGACCAAUUCUUGGUCAACAUGUGGACUGAUAGUAUCAGCUGAUACUCUACUGACAGGUGCCUUAACUACACAUGAUCCAGCUGUAUUAGUGUUCAUCUUAGGACAUAGACAUCAUCCUUCAAAUUUAAACCUGGUUCACAUUGUGGAGAGUUGAGAUUAGAAAAUGUCAGGAAUGGUCACUGAAAUUCAAUGGCAAAAGCUGUGCUUUUUUUUUACUAAAAUAGCUACUUACUAACCUCUUUCCCCUCCCCUUUUUAGAGAACACACCUGGCUAUUAGACAGGGCUCAAAAUUAUGAACAGGCUUUAAUGAUGGAAUGAAAAUGUUUCCCUGCCCCCCCCCCCCAUUUUCUCUCAAACUUAAUUUCUGAUCUCUCCACAAAAUUUAAUUAUUCAGCAUUUUUAUUCAUGAGGCUUAUUGGCUGUAAUAUUAACUUUUGUUUCCUCAGAUCCUCUUCAAAAACUAAAUCUAUCACCACCUGUAAAGGCUCAUGUAUUUGUGACUCUGGGUAAGUUCCAUCUCAAGCCAUCCAUUAAAUUUGUACCAAUUUAGAAAGAUCACAGACCAGCUUUUACUACUGCUAACAGGUAAGUAGGGUUGUUGGAAAAGUCCUUUGUACUUUUGCUGUUCAAGAUUGCAGCUUUUGGUGAGCUGGGGCUUACUGCAGGGGAUGUAAGGACAUACUUUAUUUUUAUGGCUCCAUUAAAACUAAUGCAUCACAACAGAGCUGUUUUUGUCCUUGUCAGGAAAACUGUGUCUUCAGAAUGAAGAUUUGGCCAAACAGUGCAUUGCUACUCUUGCAAGGGAGUUAGAAACUUCUGAUGACCCAGCCAUUAGGAAUAAUGUGACAGUGGUGAUGUGUGACUUGUGUGUGAGGUACAUUAACAUUGUUAUAAUAUUAUUGGAGUGCUAGAAUAUCUUUUGACACUUACAUUUAUUACUAAUGUACCCUUUCCUUCCCUGCUUCCAACAAAUUAUUAGAAGCGGCUGUUUUCACUUGUAAUCUACUGUCAGUAAAUGCAGGGUUCUCAUCUCGGAGGCCACAACAGAACCAUUUUUAUCAUACAAAUUUGAAAGUUGUACUUCUUUUUCAGAUUUACCAGCCUUGUUGAUCGGUAUGUUCCAAAUAUAGCUGUUUGUCUGAAAGACAGCUCAUCACUUGUGAGGAGACAGACACUGACUGUGUUAACCCACUUACUUCAGGUAAAACGCUUUUUCUACUAGCAUUUUGUUUUACUGUGAAUGAUUAAUGGAAACUUAUACUAAAAUAAAAUUUAACUGAGUGUGAAAAACAUUAAAAUAUUUCAUGCGACAUGUGUAGAUACCAUGUAGUGUCAAUGUCUUUUUCCAUCACAUUAUGAAAGAGACUGUUGCACUUAAAUGCAAUAUUUGAUAUACAACACUUAAACAUGCUUUUGCUGUCAAAUGGUGUUUGAUGAUAAAAUAAUGAUAAUUAUCAUAUUCUCUUGUAUAUCCAAAACUAUAUAUGGAUUUUCAUUAUAGGAGGACUUUGUCAAAUGGAAAGGUGCCUUGUUUUACCGCUUCAUCACAACAAUUGUUGACGAAGACCAGGAGAUAAGGAAAUUUGGUUUGUUUACUUUUAUUAAUUUUCUGUGAAUUAAGAUUUAGUCAUAUCUGAGCUGUACAAUGGUAAGGCACUAUGGAUGCCACAUGUCAGGGAGUGGUUGGGAAUGGUAAGGGGAGAAAGACAUUCCCUCAAGGUCAGGGAAAAUAAUAAUUUACUUGCCUUUGAAAGAAGUCAUAAAAUGUCAAGUAAAUUGGACCUCAUUCCAAUCAUCUUUUCUUAGCAUUGAUCUUCAUGAUGAAAGUUGCUAUCAAUAAUAUUUCAGUCUUGCAAUCUCAAGUUGGUUUGAGAGUGAAGUUGUACUUUUUCUUUUUCCUUCUUUUCAUUGUUUUCUAAUAUUUAUUUAAUGUUGAAGAUGUGGGAAGUGUUUAGUGCAUUUCACACACUUGGUUUUUUUUUUCAGAUUGUUAGAAUAUUACAUGUUAAAUCAAAUUGUACAACAAGCUGUUUUGGGGUGUGUAAGAAAAUCAAUUCUUCCCCACAUUACAUCAAGGGACUAUCCCUCCAUCAAUUCAUUUACACUGUAUGUGACCUGCUGAUAGCACAUUGAAUAAAUGGAUGGAAAGAAUGGCCAAUUAAAGAGGCUCUUGAUUGUUAAACAAGUUCUCCUUGUCAGCCCCUUAGGAAGAAUACAGAGAACAGUAUGGAGAAUAUGCAUACUGAUAGUAGGGUGUAAAGGAGAAGCACCAGUGAUUAUUUGCUGAUUACUGCCCCUCUUUUCUUUGCAGCUGAAUUUUGCCUUGUGCACCUACUUUUGAGCAGACAUCCAGGCAUGCUUUUCCAGCAUUUUGUGGAGUGUGUGUUCCACUUUAACUCCUUUGAAAAACACCAAGGUACAUCAUAGAUAGAAUGCAUUAAGAAUGUUAAACAACUUAGGUUUGUUUGCUGGCAGCUGGUCAGAAAAGCAAGAGUGCACUCCCUGCCCCCUCCCUCCCCUCCUUCUCCCUGAAGUCUGUCAGAAUCAAAGACCAGACUUGAGAAAAUAGCUUAGAACAACCUUGCAUCAUACUUUUUUACUCUGACUAAGUCUAAUUUUUGGGAGUGCAACCAAAUGAAUUUAAAAAACAUUAUCUUUGCUUUACUGAUUUUCACAUUUUUUUUGCAAAGUAAUGCUUGUUAAAGAGUUCAGCUUUCUUAGCAGUUUUUGUUUUUCAGCAUCACUUGUUAGGAAAACCUCAUAUUACACAGUGGCUUCUGUGAAUAAGCCAUCAUUUAAAGAAAGAUCUUGAUUUUUUUAAUGCGUUUCUCAAGAGGAUGGGGAGGCAUUUUGCAAAUUAUUUGAACCAACAGUAAUCAGUUUCUUUGGAAUCUUUUAAACACCUUCAGUAUAUAACAAGUUCCCACAGACAGACAUGGAGAAGAAACUGUUUUCUCUUAAAGGAUAUCAAAAUUCAGGGUGGGUUAAACAAUUUUUGUGAUUUUUUUAUCCUUACACUAAUUUUCAAGACCCAUUGACAUGCACAGUCUUGAAAUUUGGAUAGUAUUUAAAAUGGAUUUUUCUGAUACAUUAAUUAUUACUUAAUUCCUAGAUCAGAUCUUAAAUCUUGAAUAAAGGUAGCCAAAGUUAAAAUUGUUAAAUUACUCUGCAUAAUCAAUUAAAUUACCUUGUAAAAUUAUUGAAUGAAUCAGAAAAUUUGUUAAUUUUUGAACAGUCUCUCAACAACUAAAUUAGAUAUUCUGCUCACUGAGGCCAAGUGACCUGAGUUAUGAAAUUGAAUGAGGACUUCAGAAUCUGAAAAGUAAGAAGUUCAACAUGAAUUUGGAAAAAGUCUUGAAAGUAUUUGAAUUUGCACACAAAAUCUGAUAGAGCAGGACUGUGAGGAUAAAACUUUAAAUAAUGGUAUUUUCAAGGGUAUUUGUUGGCCAAUGAAGAUUGUAGAAUCUUUUGGCCACCAUGCAAUAAGAAUUCUCCAGCUUAAUAUUGAUGGCAUGGGCUCUUUUUUAUUCCAAUGUGGAGCAUAAUCCUCUGUUACUACUGCUACAUUUCUUGAUAAAGACUCCCAUCUUUUCAGGAAACGCUAUACAAUUUAUCAAUUUAUGCUGUCCCACAUGAGUGAUGAAGGCCGAUUCAACCUCACUGGAAAGCUUUGUCAAGAGGUGUGACAUAUUCCUGUCAUGAGAUAGUCAGCUUUUACUUUCAAUUUUUCUUUCCAUGAAUCUCUCCUCUCAUAUUUUAUCAGCCCAGACAUGGUUUUGUGUGCUUUUUUUCCUCUGAUAGGUACUGGGUGGUUUUACUGAUGGUGAUAUUACCUUGGAUCCAGAUUCAGCUUCUGUCCUCAAAGAUGCUCUUUUAAUUUUGAGCAGCAAGGUAACAGUUACUUCUCACCAGCUUAACAUCCUUCCCCAGCUGUGUCUUGCUAUUUGUAGUCUCUAAGACUUUGUUGAAGCUAUGAAGAAAGUCAAAAGUCACGUUGUAAUACUGUGUCUUGAUUGUAGAACAUUAAACUGUCCUCAAUGAAAGCUAAAGCGGCUGAAGAUCUUGCUGAUGAGGGGGAUGUGGCAGGAGCUGCUAUAGUUGAAGCCAGGAACAAAUUUCUCACCCAGGUGACUGUCCAUGCACAUAUUACUUUUGAUAAUUUAUUCUGAGAGGUUUCCUUGGUAAAUAUAACACAUAAUUGUAAUUCUCACAUUGAUUUUGCUUUGUUUCCCUUCAGGUUCUAAAGAAGAACAUGAUUGAGAAUAUUAUACCCAUCAUCAUUGAGCUUAAACACAUGGUGAGUUCCUCAUGAAGAUCUCUACUUCUUUAACCCUUUAACUAGUGAUUUCAUAGCAUUAUGAGUUUAAAUUUCUUGUGCGAACCCAGUCAAUUUCAUAAUCAUGCAGUGCUACAUUUCUUGUUUUUCUAAGUGGUUAAUUGGCAUUAAGUAAGAGGAAGUAGCUGGGUUCUUGCCUUGAAACUUUAAGGGAAGAAAAACAGUCUUUAAUGUUAUUUUCUCUCUUAAUCCAGUUUUUUUCGAUGCAACUUGACUGGAAAAUCAUAUAGUGAUGGCUGGCAGUUUAAACAAGAGAUAAUUCCUAAGAAAAUCAGAAUAAUGUGAAUUUUUGAUCUUUUGCUCUGACGAAGGGCUGAAGCUCAAAUGUCAGCCUUGAAACUGUCUUAACAGUGGCCAAUUUAAAUUGUCAAUUUAGCUAAGAAAACCAAAUAAUCUUGUUAAUCUGCAAUGUGUUGACAUUUGAACUCAAAGUACCAACACUGAUUACAAGAGAUAAACAUGAAAUCAAUUGACUUGAAAGAUUAUUCUUAGUUUUAUUUCAGUGUCUCCUCUUUAGGUGACCAUUUGAUACAGCUUAAAUUAAAGUGGUUAUGGGAAAGAGGACUUUGAUACCACCUUUUACCAGGUAACACAGGGUGACUGCCUAAUUUGGGUUUGACUGUUCUUAUCAUGUAAUGUUUUGUUGUUUUAUGAAAGCUUGAAAAGCAGCAUUCCCCUUUGCUCAAGGACCUGAUGUCCUGUUUAAAAGAAGUGAUGAAGGAUUACAGAUCUGAGGUACAGGAAGUGCUGUCAGCUGACAAACAGCUCGCCAAUGAAAUUGAGUUUGAUCUCAAAAGGUUUGAGGAACAGCAGAAAGAACGCGAGGAACAAAGACGAAAGCAAAUCACUCCAAACAAUUCUCCUCAGGUAUGAAUGUUUACACACUCAGGAAAUGAUAGGGCUUUUUUGGGUGAAGUUCUAGUCUCCACAGUCAUGAGAUACAAAAUAAAUGAAGGGUUUUGUUGAAUAUGGAAUUACUUAAAACAAACAAGUUGAAAUUCAUCUGUUUUCAUUUUUUAAGUUUCCCUACUAACAAUUCCAGUGUUCAAGUUUUUUGUUUCAGUCAUUUUAUAUUCUGUUCUUCUCAUCUUUUCAAGUGCAGGGUUUUUUUUUGUUAGUUGCUACUUAAUAACUAUUCACAGAAGUAGAGGUGGCUAGUAUUGGAUAUUUACUGAGCUGCAAAACAGCAAGAUAAACAUCCAUCACUAGCCCCCUAACACUUAGGUUAGUAGUUGUUUUAGUACAUACUAAGACUGUAAGAUGAUAUAGUACAAGAAGAUGAUUUUAACUCAUUUAUUCCUGCAACAAUUACAAUCAGAUUGCAAAUCUGAUGCUCAUUGCUCAGAGGUGAAUAGCAAAGGAUAUUCGGAGCUUGAGAAGCCAAUAUGAGUGUGCCCUCGACGCUUUAUUCACUGUUUUAGUACAUGCCGUUCUCCAUCUCAGUGAGUAGUUGUUAAUUAUUCAUUUUUGCCAUGAUGAAUAUAAGGUCAACACAAGACAGCCUGGUUCAGAUGGAAACACUCCUCCUCAAGCAGCAGACUUCAUUGCUCCUCAGCUGCGAAGUGCAACACCCUCACCUAAAAAUGGUAAAAGCUUAUAUAAAAAUCAGAAACCACAAUUUUCUGCUAAAAAUAUUGUGUAGUUGUUCUUAACAUCAUGGACUACCAGUACAUUUGGAUACUGUUGUCAGCUGUCAGUUUUGAUUACAAUAAUCAUUAUUUUUAUGCAAGAAUUAUCAAGAUGGAGGUUUGUCAUAUCUCUGGAGGCUGAAGUGACUGAUACAAUUAUCACAUAGGCUCAAUAAUUCUUCUUAAUUACUGUGCAUAAAGGGAUUGCAGUAAUCAUUUACUGGUACUAUUGCCGUACUGCAAGUGUGAAUUAGCUAAGUGCUGGUUGCAAAACAGAACUGAGAUAGCAAACCAAUAUGGAAUGAACCAUUAAAUUAAUCAUGUGAUUGUGGAUUUUACCACAGGAUCCAACAGGCCUAACAUCACACCUCUUACUGGUGCUAUAAACCAGCUGCAGAUCAAUCGACGACACACCCUGGCUUCUAACCCCAUUCUGAUAAACAAUGCUCUCAAAUCCAACCUUACUGUUCAGAUCAGUCCGCUGCGAGCAAAGCGCCGAUAUACCCUCUCCACUGCAGCUAUUUUAAAUUCUGCUCGCAAAGCUGUGGAUCAAGCUCAUAAGGUUGCAGAACAACAAAAAAGGAGGAGUAUCAGCUCAAUGGGUAGUCCUCAUGAGAAUAGUGCUGUUACAGAUGCACCAGAGCAGCGCACACCUCUUAAGCCCACUAAUUCCAGGGUCUUUUACAGGGAGAAUGAAGAGCGUGCAGCCAGCACUCCAGAAGGUGAGUGGUUGGUAUUUUGGCAAAGAUUUUGAACUAGGCACUUGACAAAUGAAUUCCUGUAUUUGUUCACCUAUAAGCCAAGCAUAGCUUUAAGCCAAGACACCAAACUUGAGAGACUGGACGAUGAGUGUAAGCUUGUUAAAUAUUCUGAAAAAUUUUUGCAUAUAUAAGCCAAGACCCAAGUUUCUCAGAAGGAGUUCACCUUUUAAUUGGAAGUAAUCUUUUGAAAGCAUCUUUCUUUGGAAAUUUGUACAAUUCAAUUCCUUAAUGACGAUCUGAGUGAAACUCAUUCUUUGGAUAUACUUCUCCUAACUGAGUUAAAGGUCCAAAAAAAUUGCUUGGUUUAUAGGCAAAUAAAUAUGGUAUUUGGUUAUAGUUGUACAUGAUACAUUUGACCAGAACUGGAAUUUGUUUGUUUGUCUCGGUGGAUUUAUCUUUUGAUCUUUUUAUUCCAUUUAUUGUAGGUGAACAAAGUCAUUUAUCAAGGAUUUCAUUUUGUGUGAACACAAGUGCGACUGCACCACCACCAUCUCCCAUACCAACAUCAUUACCAAUCCGAGUUUAUGCACAAGGCAAAGGUUGGUCUAGCAUGCUGACUGUAUUAGUAAGAAUAGUUUUCUUCAGAACUUUUUUCAAUCCUCCUACUGUAAAGACUUGAAAGCAAAUUUUCAUAAUUGAUGACCACACAUUUCUUUGUUUGUUGGUAGAGAGUAUUUAGUGUUACAUUCAUCCAAGUGAUAUUAUCUGGUUGAUGAUUGUCUUAAUUUUCAUUUCCUAUCAGCAUGAGGGUGUAUCAAUUUUUUGAGGAGAAUUUGAAUGGUGUUCACCUUUGGAUUUAAUUGUUUAAGUAGUCUUUCUAGAGCAAAGUUAAUUCAAACAUCUAAGAACUAACAAAUAGCUUUGUAAAAGUCGAUAGUAGGAAAUCAGAUGACAAAGUUAGUGACAAGUUACAUUCUCUCUCUCUUUUCCUUGUUUAACCUUUUAACUCCAAAGAUCUGAUUGUUAAUUCUCCCCUCUAGCAGCUACACAUUUCCUUGUAAAUUAGUUACCAGAAUGUGGUGUUUCUGGUAGAUCAAGUUAGCAACUUGUCAACCCAAUUCUCGUUACCUGUUUGCUGGGUAAUGUAUGGAUAUUAUAGGGAGAAGUUACAUGUUAAUCACUUACAAAGAGAUGCCUGAAUGUUAUAUAUUAAGUCACAGAAACUGUUAGCUUGUAAGAUUGUGAUAUAGUUGGAACAGAUUAGUCUUUGCUUUGGAAGUAGAUUACUACCAGAGGGCAGCACUCAUCAGAGGCCAUAAAAGACCAGAAACAUGCAGUUUAGAAUUAUACACUGAAAUGAUGCAUGAAAGUUAGCACAUAAAGUUUCAAGAAACUGGGAUGAAAUAGAAGAAUUUUUUUAAUCCUUUGACUCCCAGAAGUGAUUAACAUGUAACUUCUCCUUAAAAUAUUGAUACAUUAUCCAACAAACAGUUAUUAAGAAUACACAAAUUAAUCAGGCAGGAGAUGUUAUCUUGCUCCAACACCAAAUUCUCAAAACUAAUUAACAAGGUAAUGUGUAGUAGCAGGAGAGGAGAAUUAACAAUCAGAUCUUGGGAGUUAAAGGGUUAAGAAAUGUAGCAGAAAGAGCUUAGUGUAAAUUAACAGGAGAAUACAAAUUGUAAUAGACAAAGAAUUUUUAUGUGCUGGUUGCUUCAUUUUAUCCUGUUUAUUUCAGUUGCCCCACCCAGCUGGAUAGAAGGCAAGGUUGAUGAAGGUAAUGAUGGAGAUGAAGAGGAAAAGGAACAGCAAAUUAUCUGUUUGAUGUCGCCUGAGCAAAAGUAAGAUGAAAGAGAAAUAAGUCAGUAAUAAUUAUAAUACAUUAAUAUGAUGUUAAAAUGACAUGGAAUAUGUAUAGUACUUACUCUGGUUACCAGGCAAGAGAGCACCAGCGAUUUGUCAGAAUACCUUGGGUGUGGGCUAAGUGUUGAAAACCUUACAUAGUAUCCUAUGCCUGUAGAUUCCUGUAAUACUUGACUACUUCCUUUUGUCAAAACUUGUUUGAAUAAGCUCUGGAAGUCAUUGCUGUCAACUUUAAAAGAUUUAUUUCCAUUACAAGACUGUAGUUAGAACCACAAAAUUCACAUACUAAAUGCUGCCUAUGGUACAGUGCUAACCCAACAUACCUCGAUGUUUACUGUAUACUUUUUCAUGAUUCACACAAUUAUUUUAAACUUAAUUUUACAGGCCUCCAAAACCAAGGACAUGGAAUAUCAAAUCCCCAGUAAGUUUAAUUGACUGCCAGUAUUUACUGCAUGAUCUUUAGGAAAAUGCUUUGAUAACCAGCCAUUAAGUAAUGAAAUGGACAUGUAUAGUAAACACUAAAGAAUUUUAUCUAAAAAAAAAUUUGUUGCUAGAACCAGUGGCAACAUUCAAACUAGUUUAAAUUUUGUUACAAAACUCCUCAGCACCACACAAUAUGACCUGUCAUUAGUUCAUGACUUGUUCCAGGACUUGAAACCACUGUGUUGAGGCUUUAAGCACUUUACUCCCAUGGGUGACCAAGACAGAAUUUCUCAUUACAAUAUCAAUAUAAUAUCAAACAGACAAGUGAUGAGAUUUAAGAAAAAUAUCAAUGAGGGAAUUAUUAGUUGAUCUAAUACCAAAUUAUCUGAUCUAACAUCAUAAGAAUUGUAGGGCAGACAGUAAAGAGAAUCACUCGUGUGAUCUUGGGAGUGAAAGCUAGGGAAGAAACCUUUUAUUUAAAUUGAUGUAAAUAACUCUGUGGGUAUCUUUAGUGACUUUGUACAUAUUCUCAUUUUAUUGUUACCUUUACUUUACCUAAAAGCCUUGCCUUGCUGCUACCUUUGUUUCACAGGAUACCAAAAAGCUGGCUUCUAACAACAAGGCAGUUAGGGAACCACAAAAUGAUUCAGUCUCCAGAAGAACAAGAUCGCGAAGACGAAAGUGAGAAUUUGGUGAACUUUCCUGUAAAUCAAUGCCUUCAUUUUUAUGUUCAUAAUUCAAAUUAGUGCUCAGAAAUCAAUUGUUAUUGCUUAAAAAUAACUCAGUGAAGUGACAUCUAAGUCAAACUCAAACUCAAAGUAUAUUGUAAAUUGAAGUAAAAUUUCUCAAUCUAACAGUUUAUGCAAAUUUUUCAAAUCUGUAAUGUCAGCCUGGGUAGUUUCCAUUCUCAAUUCUUCUGGUUGAUCAGUUACUCUACUCUCAGCACUUUUGCUGGAUAGUGUUGUUAUGAUAAGUACUCAAUUAAAAGGACAUGAUUCAUGGGCACACUACAGAAGGAGAACUCUUGCAUGAUUGCUCUCUUGUGCAUGUUUUUCUUAGUUUCUUGGCAAGUGCCUGCCAUACAGGCUAUUUUAGAAUUGUAAAAAUAAUAUUUUCUGAAUUUGUAGAUUUAGUAUUGUAGCACA